AAAAUGUGUCAAUUAUUUUGUACCAAGUAACAAAAAUGAAAAAAAAAAACUAGUCAUUGUUAUAGACUUCUAAUGCCAAUCGUCUUAUGUUGUGUUAUGUCGGGCUUAUAAUUGGCUCUUCCCUGCCUAGCUAUAGUUGUGCAUUUUCACACCGCUUGAUUUGGUAAAAACUGCGGUUUGCAGGAGUUUCUCCACCCCCAUCAAUAUCCAGUAAUCCAGAAUGGCGUGACGUAAAAACUUUUAUUGGAAUUACAAACUACGGAGUAUCUGGUUACCAGAAUAAUCCCUAUAUUUUAAUCACAACUAUCUGCUUUCUCUCUCCUCAACUUAGCUUGUCACAUUCAUCUUCCUCCAACUUUUCAACAACAACCCUUCUUCUUCCUUAACCCAGAUCAAUUACCAAAUAUUGGAGAGAAAAAUCCCAGAAAAUGGGGACAGAGGUAGAGAUUACAGAGCCAUUAAUCGAAGAAUUAGAGGGAAAAAUCAAUGAAACAAACCCAGUUGAAGAGAUAAUUCCUGAAUGGCAAGAUCAAAUUACUAUAAGGGGAUUAGUAGUGAGUGCUUUAUUGGGUACUCUUUUUUGUAUAAUUACCCACAAAUUAAAUUUGACUGUUGGAAUUAUCCCUUCUCUCAAUGUUGCUGCUGGGUUAUUAGGGUUCUUCUUUGUGAAAUCAUGGACUAGUGUGCUUAAUCAAUUGGGGUUUUCUGUCAAGCCCUUUACUCGUCAGGAAAAUACUGUCAUUCAGACUUGUGUUGUUGCUUGUUAUGGCCUUGCUUUUAGUGGUGGUUUUGGUUCAUAUUUGAUAGCUAUGGAUGAGAAAACUUACAAUCUUAUUGGCCCUGAUUAUCCGGGUAAUCGAGCAGAAGAUGUGAUAAACCCUGGUUUGUGGUGGAUGAUGGGUUUUUUGUUUGUCGUUAGCUUCUUGGGACUUUUUAGUCUUGUCCCACUUCGAAAGGUCAUGGUGAUGGAUUAUAAGCUCACAUACCCAAGUGGGACAGCCACAGCUAUGUUGAUUAACAGUUUUCACACAACAACUGGAGCUGUGCUUGCAGGGAAACAAGUAAAAUGUCUUGGGAAGUAUUUAAGCAUUAGUCUAAUCUGGAGUUGCUUUAAGUGGUUUUUCAGUGGUAUUGGUGACUCAUGUGGGUUUGAUAAUUUUCCCACUCUUGGCUUAACACUAUUCAAGAAUACAUUUUACUUUGAUUUUAGUCCAACUUAUGUGGGAUGUGGGCUUAUCUGUCCGCACAUAGUAAAUUGCUCUGUACUAUUCGGCGCAAUUAUUUCAUGGGGGUUCCUAUGGCCCUAUAUCUCAACACAUGCCGGAGAUUGGUAUCCUGCCAAUCUCGAGAGCAAUGACUUCAAAGGACUUUAUGGAUAUAAGGUAUUCAUUGCAAUAGCCCUCAUUCUCGGUGAUGGUCUCUACAACUUAAUCAAGAUAAUUUCUAUUACUGUAAAGGAAUUAAGCAACAGUAGAAGCAAAGAGAAGCUUCCUAUCAUGCAAGAGUUACCUGGCUCAGAGGAUUCCAAAUUGCAUCUUGAGCAAAAGCGAAGGGAUGAGGUAUUUUUGAAAGACCGGAUUCCUUCCUGGUUUGCUGGGGCAGGAUAUGUGGGCCUUGCUGCAAUAUCCACUGCAACAGUGCCAAUGAUAUUUCCACCACUCAAGUGGUAUCUAGUUCUCUGCUCAUAUAUAGUUGCACCUGCUCUUGCUUUCUGCAACUCUUAUGGAACAGGGCUUACUGAUUGGAGUCUAGCUUCAACAUAUGGGAAAAUUGGUCUUUUCAUGUUUGCUUCCAUAGUUGGAUCCAAUGGUGGUGUCAUAGCUGGGUUAGCAGCUUGUGGAGUGAUGAUGUCAAUUGUUUCAACAGCUGCUGAUCUUAUGCAAGAUUUUAAAACUGGAUACCUCACCCUUUCUUCGGCCAAAUCUAUGUUUGUGAGCCAGCUGAUUGGAACUGCUAUGGGUUGCAUACUUGCCCCUUUAACAUACUGGAUGUAUUGGACUGCUUUUGACAUUGGCUCACCAACUGGUCCUUAUAAAGCACCAUAUGCUGUAAUAUUCAGAGAAAUGGCAAUUUUAGGUGUAGAGGGCUUCUCAGAGCUGCCUGAGCACUGUCUAGCUCUUUCAUGUGGGUUUUUUGUUGCUGCACUUGUCAUAAACCUCCUGAAGGAUAUUACACCUUCCAAAGUUUCGAGAUUUAUUCCAGUUCCAAUGGCAAUGGCUGUCCCAUUCUAUAUUGGAGCAUACUUUGCAAUUGAUAUGUUCGUUGGGACUGUCAUACUAUUUGUGUGGGAGAAGAUAAAUCGCCAGGGUUCUGAGGAUUUUGCUGGAGCUGUCGCUUCAGGUCUAAUAUGCGGUGACGGAAUAUGGACAAUACCUUCUGCCAUCCUCUCCAUUCUCAGGAUUAACCCCCCAAUCUGCAUGUACUUCGGACCAACUGCUAGCAGUGGAACAUGAGUUUAUCUGUAGUUCUGUACCCUUCCUUGAAUUUCCUCCUUCCAAGCUGAUUUGUAAAUACUCCGUAUUCCACUGUGGAAAAAACAGUACAUUUAUUGUAGCUGUGAUCUUUAUCUAGUGUCUAUUCAAGUUUUUGCUGUGUAUAUGCAUUCUAGGAUGGAUAAAGCCCGGGAAAAAAAGAAAAGUUCUAAAGACUUUAAAUGGUUGUUUGUUUAGACUUUGAAUAGAAAAUUCUAUUCUAUUAAGAAAGAGCCCCCCAAGCUAGUCUACCUUUUAAGAUUAUUUACAAAUUACAAUGUGCACGAUAAGUUAAUGUUGUCAAUAUUUGUGUACAAUUGCAUGCUUACUUGCUUAGAGACAAUUGUUUGUCUAAACAAAAGCGCUGUUACUACUCCUUUGUUUUAAAUUAAGUGUAAUAAUUUGACUUUUUA